UUCUAGUUUAUUUUAACUCAUUUCCGCUCAUUCUAACGGUUCUAACGUCAAACGUCGUCAUAAAUACGUGUUUCAGCGAUUAUUAUUUUAUUCAAAAUGGAAAAUGACAAUAAAAAGAAACGUAACGCAAAUUAUUCCAAACAAGAAAUGGAACUACUAAUUGAUUUAAUUAUAGAAAAAAAAAACAUAGUAGAAAAUAAAAAAAGUGACGCCGUUCACUGGCAGGAAAAGCAUCAAACAUGGAGUGAAAUAGCUCGGGCUAUGACAGCCACUACAGGUAUUGACCGGGAUGUAAAAAGUGUCAAAGGAAAAUAUGAUCAGAUUAAAAAAGAAGUGAGGAAAAAGAAUUCUAAGAUACGCAUGAAUGCAUUGAAGACCGGUGGGGGUCCUGUAGAAGAUGUCUCCUUAACCCCUAUUGAGGAAAAAGUGAAAGGCCUCAUACUAUUAUCGGUUGUUGGAAUGCCAUCAACAUACGAUUCAGAUGUAAUCACACAUUCUGAUUCCUUAUUAACUGGGUUGGCGGUUACUGAUGUAGAAGCAACAACUUCUACAUCAGGCCUCUCACCUACUAGGAACGUUGUAUUGGCUUCUACAUCAGUAGAUGCCAGAACACGUUAGUCGGAAGCAGAAUGUGUGAUUGAAUGGAGCGCAACUGAUGUCAUUCCAAUCGCUGGUGUAGAAGAGACAGCGGAUACGCCACCACCACAUGUAGAAAAUAAAGAAAAUUGGUCCUCUUGGACGCCUCAAAAUUUAAAAAAGAGGAAAGCAAAAGUUUUGAAUUCAGCUUCUAAACCAAAAACAGCCAAUCAAAAAGUUCACAGUGAAUUCAACAAGCUUACUGAAAAACGUGUGGAAUUAACUGAAUUGCUAAUAAAACAAGCUAAAGAAGAACAUGCCAAAAAAAUGGAGCUCUUGGAUCUUCAAAUAUUAUUAAAAAAGAAAGAGGCU